AUUUGAUGCAGAUAAUCAAGAAAAGAAAAGAAGCUCGAAAGGCCCUAAAAAAUAUUCCGACCAACGAUGAAGGCGUAGAUGAAACUGGAAAACGAAAGAAAAAAGCACUUCUCGAUUUGCUAUUGAAUGUGAAUGAAACUGAACAAAUUCCUAUGACAGAUUCUGAAUUAAAGGAACAAGUAGAAACUUUUAUUUUUGCUGGACACGACACUACCGGUGCUGCAGUAAGCUGGACAGUUUUUAACCUUGCAAAUAAUCCAGAAGUUCAGGAAAAAGUUCACCAAGAACUAGAUCAGAUUUUUGGAGACUCAACUGAACGAGCAACAAUGAAACAAAUUACAGAAUUAAAAUAUCUGGAUAGGGUAAUUAAGGAAAACCUCAGAUUGAAUCCCUCAGUUCCUAUAGUUGGAAGAACAUUAACUAAAGAUAUCGUAUUAGAUGGACACCUUCUUCCGUCAGGUUGCAACUUAAUAAUCGAUAUUUUUAAUCUGCAUCGAGACCCAGAAGUUUGGAAUUGUCCACUAAAAUUCGAUCCAAAUCGAUUUCUGCUAGAAAAUUGUAGAGGAAGACAUUCGUAUGCCUAUGUUCCUUUCAGUGCUGGACCUAGAAAUUGUAUAGGGCAAAAAUUUGCGAUGAUAGAAUUAAAAAUUGUUCUUACAGCACUUUUGAGAAAAUGGAGACUCAAAAGUGCGAGGACUCAAGCCGAAAUGAAAAUGCAUUCUACUUUUGUUUUAAGACCUCAUGAUGGAAAUCCAAAUUAUUUUACUCUGAAAUCAGAAAAAACUGUUAACUCUUGA